AUGACCAAACCAGAGGUCCUCUUCGUUGGCACCCUAAACAAGGACCUCCCGCAAUACAAAUCAUUCGCUGCAAAAUUCAACUGCUUAGACUAUGUCCUCACCACGCGCGAGCAAUUCCAAGCUGACCUCGCAACGAAAUUCUCCAACAUCAGCGCCAUCUACGGCGCAUGGCUAGGAUUUUUACCUAUUGGAGGCUUCCGCACCGUUCUCGAAUCCGCCGCUGCAUCACCACCCAAGCAUUUAAAAAUCAUAGCUUAUUGCUCAGUGGGAUACGACCACCAAGACGCGGAAGCGCUCGCUCAACAUGACAUCGUCAUGACCAACGUGCCCAGCGACGGCGCAGCUAACCCCGUCGCGGACCUCGUUGUCUAUUACGCGAUACUUGCUUUCCGUCAGUUCCACAUGUACUCCAAGCCCAUCUACAACCAAAUCCCCCACACGAUCGACUUGCGGCAUAGGUUAGCCCAGGGGAAAUUCGAUCACGAUAGGGGCCAACUGCAGAUGUCCACUAGCGAGGGUGAUGGUGGAAGCAGGUACCAUUUCGGAGAAACCAUCAACGGCAGGGCAAACUGCAGCCCCGCAGGACACACCGCCGCCAUCAUCGGCUUCGGCAAGAUCGGCCAAUUGAUCGGCAAGAAGCUCGACGCGCUAGGAAUGGACAUUGUCUGCAUCAAACGCACGCCCUUGACCCAACAAGACCAUGAUCAUCUCGGAUACCGCGCCACUUACGCUCCUCACAUCACACAAACUGGACCCGUGGACUUGAUAGUUAUCGCGUGUCCAGAAACACCGGAGACGCACCACUUGAUCAACUCCCACGUGAUUGACGCCAUGGCGAAACCGUUUAGGCUCGUGAAUAUCGGCCGCGGCUCCGUGGUUGACGAAGAUGCACUUCUUCAGGGGUUGAAGUCGGGCAAGGUCUUGUUUGCUGGGUUGGACGUUUUCGAGAAUGAGCCGGCUUUGAAUCUCGAGUUGAUCAAUCGGGACGACGUGGUGGUUACGCCUCAUAUUGGUGCGAGCACGGUGGAGAAUUUCGAUUACACUGCGGUAAAAGCUCUCAAGAACAUCGAACUCGUCUUGGAUGGUAAAGACGCUAUAAGUAGAGUCAAUUAG